CAGCACGACUCCAUAAUGGCGUUGCACACGUUUUCAACGUGACCUUUCGACAUUUUUCGAUAAGCACGGAUGUAAAAUUGAAUUCAGACUGACACAAAUGUAAGACAUUCAGUGGAAUACUACCUGGAUGAUAUGAUCCAUUCUGUCCUUGUUGAGAGUGGACCUUAAUUACAGUUUGUAUAAUUUAUUUUUCGUGAUUACGGAACAACAAACGCUUCCUAACUUGUCUGCACGUCGAACGGUAUUUCCUCCUCUCCUCAUGGCCAGUUCUGGGACUUUAAUAUAAACGCCGUGAGUGUCAACAUCUUGACUCCAUAUAUAUGUAUCAUCAAACCAUUGAAAUGAUGAGGUUUCUCACCACACCGCUUUUGAACGAGUUGCGGCGGCGUCUCCCGCUGGUAUCUACUGUCGCAAAUAAACAUCUACCGAUCACCAGCCUUCUCCCACCCCACCAUUCUGCAACCCCACGCCGGCCUCUCUAUACUGGGGCCACGCUAAGAAAAGAUGUACCCCUCCCUCAGUCUAAAGCAGAUCAGACUGAAGAGAAACUGGACCUGGACAUAUGGAAGUCUGUGAUGAGGUUGCAGGUCCCAGGGGUGGAGGAGGAGGAGGAGGAGAAACUGGGAGGUGAGGAGGGAGGUGGUGAUUGUGCUGCUGGAGGUGUAACAGGGCAGGAGGAGAUCUCACCACUGGAGGCCACCAGAGAGCUGGUAGUGAUGUGGCGUCAUGCCGGGAAGCUGGUGCCAGAGACCAUGACUGACGAAGAGCUGGGCAUCCUGGCGGAGCUACAAACCAAAUCCUCCAAGAAGAAGUACCUGAAAUACUUAGCCGUCAAGGAGGGCCACAAGAAAAGCCACAAGCAGAAGCAGGAGAAGAAGAAGGCAGAGAGGAGUGAGAGGAUUCAGGAGGACAACAGGAUCAGGCCUGGUGGUCUGAGAGGAGGAGGAGAAGAGGAGGGGGAACUGAGGAACACCUUUCUGCUCCAGUUUUGGGGUCGUUCCCUGGAUAAGCUGCUGGGCUGGAGGUCGGCCCAGGCCAUGGUGUUCGGACAGCCACUGGUGUUUGAUAUGUCCUACGAACAGCAGAUGACCCGUCGGGAGGUGGAAAACACUGUGUCCCAGCUGAUGGAAGUGGAGGGGUGGAACAGACGAGCUGCGGACCCCUUCCACCUGCACUUCUGUAACUUGCAGCCGGACGGCGGCUACCGCAGGGAGCUGGUUAAACGGUACGGCGCCGAGGCCUGGGAGCGUCUCCUCGUCACCUCCACGGAGCGACGUCACGUGGACCUGUUCCCCCGGGACGACCUGGUCUACCUGACGGCUGACUCCCCUAACGUCCUCCGUACCUUCGACAACUCUAAGGUCUACAUCGUGGGCUCCAUGGUGGACCGCUCCAUCCAAUCAGGGCUCUCCUUGGCCAACGCCAAGCGUCUGAAGCUGAACACGGCACGUCUGCCGCUGGAUGACUUCCUCCAAUGGGAGACGGGGGCCAAGAACCUGACCCUGGAUCAGAUGGUACGCAUUCUGCUGACGCUGAAGGAGCGAGGGAGGUGGGAAGAGGCCCUGGAGCACGUACCCAAGAGGAAACAUGAUGGAUUCUACCAGGAGAAACCCCAGCAGGACAGAGACAGAGGAUCAGAUAAGGACAGGAGGUUUUUUAGUGGCAGAACCAGAGGAGACACGGGGUUCAGGGCUGGGGACAGAGACUGUGAUAGAACAUUCAGAAGUGGGGACAGAGAGAGGUCAUUUAGUAGGAGAGACAGUGUAUUGAAGAGUGGGGACAGUGAUGGAUCAAUCAGGACUGGGGACAGAGGAGACAGGGACAGAGACAGAGACAGAUCAAUCAGGACUGGGGACAGAGGAGACAGGGACAGAGAACGAGACAGUGAUAGAUCAAUCAGGACUGGGGACAGAGAAGGAGACAGAGCAAUCAGGACUGGGGACAGAGGAGACAGAGAUAGUAUGGAGGAGUGGAGACAGAGACAGAUGAAUGUUGUGGUCAGAGAGAGAGGAUCCACUAGCAGACAUAAGGACAGUGUAUUCAGUAGCAGGGACAGAGGAGACAGGGACAGAGAUAGUACGGAGGAGAGGAGACAUAAGGACAGUGUAUUCAGUAGCAGAGACAGGGUAACAGUCAGUAAGGAAGCAGGACCGACAGGGGAUUCAGAGGACAGGCAGAACACGCAGACCACCACCAGGCUACGGACCUCACUAAAAAGCAAGAUGGAGGAUCGGAACAGUACAGCCAAGAGCGGGAAGAAAUGAGGAGAGGAAGAGCAACCAGACAUUUCUCCUCUGAAUGUGCUUCCGUUUCACCAUGUUGUGUUAAUGGAUUCAGAGAUGAACUGAUGAAAAAGCACUUCUAAAUGCCUUGAACAUUAAACAUUUUGAUAAGCAACUCAAUGAGACUGUUGAUUGUUAAGGAAUCUUUGGCGUAUUGAUACUUCGUGUCAAUGUACAACUGAAAAAAUACAUAUAAACGCAACGUGAAGUGUU